AUGUCACUCCGCGAUCAGCUCAUCCACACCACAAAAUUCUUUCAGCAAGCCCACAUAGACAAAAAAGUCACCGGCGAGAACAGCAUCACCUCCCUCACCACCCCCGACUUCAUCGCGCGGACUUUCCCCUCUUCCCUCAAAGCCCCCGUCCAGAAUCAGGCCGAAUACGUCCAUUUCACCGAAUGGUCAUUCACGCUGUUCGAUCGCUACCACGCGACUGAGGGCGACAUGGUCGUCGACGAGGCCAAGCGCAUGGUCGUGUCCUACAUGGACGCCGACGCCGAGGGCCCGGCUGGGAUGUACAAUAACGAACACGUGCAAAAGAUCAAGCUGACGGACGACGGGAAGCAAGUGAAGGGAUUUGAUCUCUUCAUGGAUGGGCAGGCUAUGAUGGAGUGGAUGGGGAAGCUGAAGGCUAAGGGAAUUGAAGUCGGGAAGAAGAACUGGAUUGAGGAGACUUCGUGA